CCGACCGCCUCCACCACCUCCCAUGGUCCUCCCUCGGUACUACCACCACCCCCACCUCCUCCCGAUGGUACUCCCGUCACCGGCGCCUGGAGAGCCAAUUACGUGUCUGCACAGCAGGGAUCCUAUAUUCCGCCUACUACAAUGCCUUCCAUUCGACCUAAGAAGAAGCUUAAAGCUCUCCACUGGGAGAAGAUUGAUACUCCUCAAGUGACGGUGUGGGCUACUCACGCUCCCACAUAUGAAGCUAAGGAGCAGAAGUACACAGAAUUGGCUAAGAAAGGUGUCCUCGACGAGGUUGAGCGUCUGUUCAUGGCCAAAGAAACCAAGAUCCUGGGCCGUGGACCAUCCGCCCAGCAGCGAAAAGACAAGAAGCAGAUCAUUUCCAACGAACUGUCCAAGAAUUUCCAGAUCGCCAUGGCCAAGUUCUCUCAGUUGUCUGUGGAUGAGGUGGUGCGGAUGAUCAUCCACUGCGAUCCAGAAAUCUUGGACAACAGCGUCAUCAUGGACUUCUUGCAACGAGACGAGUUGUGCAAUAUCCCAGAAAACACCGCCAAGCUGAUGGCACCGUACAGCAAGGAUUGGACGGUCCCGAACGCUGCUUCGGCGGAAAGAGAGCAGGAUCCUAGCGAGCUCACUCGGGAGGAUCAGAUCUACCUGUACACUGCGUUCGAACUCAACCAUUAUUGGAAGUCGAGGAUGCGCGCGCUGGCCUUGACGCGGUCCUACGAAUCUGAUUAUGAUCACAUCUCGUCGAAGAUUCGAGAAGUUGUCAAAGUCUGCGAUUCUCUUCGCGAUUCCGUAUCCUUGAUGAAUGUCCUUGGACUGAUUCUCGACAUCGGCAAUUUCAUGAACGAUGCCAAUAAACAGGCCCAGGGUUUCAAACUCAGCUCUCUGGCUCGUCUGGGCAUGGUAAAGGAUGACAAGAAUGAGACGACAUUUGCUGACCUGGUGGAACGUAUCGUUCGCAAUCAAUAUCCCGAAUGGGAGGGCUUCGUUGAGGAAAUUGGUGGCGUGCUUAACGUUCACAAACUGAGCGUUGACCAGCUUCGGCAAGAUGCCACGAAGUUCAUCGAAACGAUCAGGAAUGUGCAAAUGAGUCUAGAUUCGGGCAACCUGAGCGAUCCCAAGAAGUUCCACCCUCAGGAUAGGGUCAGUCAGAUAGUCCAGCGGAGCAUGAAGGAUGCCAGACGCAAAGCGGAACAGAUGCAGAUUUACCUCGACGACUUGACCAAGACCUACGAUGACAUUAUGACGUUCUACGGCGAAGACAACACGGACGAAAACGCUCGACGAGACUUCUUCGGAAAACUGGCUGGGUUCUUGCAGGAGUGGAAGAAAUCCAAAGAAAAGAAUAUCGCCUUGGAAGAACAGAGGAGACGUACGGAGGCCUCUUUGGCACGCAAGCGUAUCAACCCUGCUCUCGCCAAUGGCGCUGGCACAGAUAGCCCAGCUUCUCCGUCGACAAGCGGAGCCAUGGAUUCCCUGUUGGAGAAGUUGCGGGCAGCCGCUCCGCAGGCCAGAGAUCAGCGGGAUCGCCGUCGUCGUGCCAGACUCAAGGAACGGCAUCAAAUCCGUGUUGCGUCUGGACAGAAGAUGCCCACUAUUCUCGGCAUGGGUGGUUCGCCGGACGAGGGAGGAGAAGGCGAAGCAUCCUCCUCGAAUAAUGAUAGCGGGCAUCUAAACCCGCAGAAGCAGGAGGAUGGAAACGCGAGCGGCCAGGAGACGCAGGUGUCGGAGAGUGAGGAUGUCGCGGAUCGGGCGGCCAAUUUGUUGCAAGGUUUGAGGAGCAACAUGGACACGGAUGCGGAGCGCGCACGGAGGAGGAGAGAGAGUGCAGAGGACGAGAGACGGGCGCGCAGAAUGAGGCGACGGAAUGCUGCUGCAAACGGCAGUAAGGACAGCGCGGACGGAUCACUUCCCUCCUCGAAGGCGCCUAUGUCACCAACCAGGACCGAUGCGGCGGAGACGGAAGAGGCUGCAGCGUCGAGUCCACCGCCUGAGCACGACUCGCCUCGAUCUCAACCAACACCUGCGAUCGUCGUGUCGCCCACCCCGGAUCAGCAACCUGAGGGCGAAGCUGGAGAUGGCUCAUCACCUGACAAGCCAGUUGAAGUUGCUGAAUGA